UCCUGAACGAGAGGGAGCACAGAGUUCCUGAGGAAGCAGCCAAUCAGCGCCAACUCUAAAGGGUUCUAACCAAUUGCGUGCCGCUCUCCUCCGUUCCCGCUGUGUGAGCUAGCCAAUUAUCUGCCUGUUGCUAAGGCGUUGGUGCAGCUUGGUUAGUGCUCGCGCAUCCCUCCCCCACACUCCUUCCCGCCCGCACUUGGACACGUCCGCCGAGCGCCUGAGAGACGGGCGGGUGACUCAGCACAAUCCAACAUGUCUCUGUCAGUUAGAAAUAAACCCUCCUCCUCUUUCCUGCCGCCCAGAGGUGCACGGAGAACUGCCACCCUGAGCAGCCGACCCGCACACACACCUCGGGGCAGCUCAGCGCUUGCCAGCCUUAUCGGGGAUCUCCCUGGGCUGGUGGGGCCCCAGUAAUAUCUCUAUUUAGUUUAUAGUCGGCCGCAGAGUGCCCACUGCCCGUCAGGCGUUAACUGCCCCAAUCUUGACAGGCAAUUUCCCGCCCGUUUAGAAGCGGAAGCGGCUGAGGGGAAGGCGCGCGCACAGGCGGAAGCGGGGGCCGCGCCUUAUCGAGAGCGCGCGCUGUCCCUGACAGAUUUGCUUACGUUACUAUAAAUGGUUUGAAGCUGAGGGAGGCGGCAUAAGGGAAAGCUGCUCCCCGGCACAACGCCUCACCGAGCGCGGGGACUUCAGUACUGUGGGAGCUCUGGGAAGUUUAGCGCUUGUGCCCGCGGUGCGCCUCCCACUCCCUAGCAACACCCCCGCCUCCAGUGGUACGUCCCAGGGUGUGGAGCUUCAGAGCUGGGAGAGCCCGGAGUUUGGAGCCGGGGAGACUGUCGCCGCUGCUGCUACAUUCCCUGUGGGUCUGGCUGGAAACGGGGGAGUCACAGGAGGGCCGAUCCGGCCUGGGCUACGGAGCGCGACCUACUCGGCCUGUACCUGCCUUACGCCUCCGCAAUCCCGGCCCUCUGCAGUCAGCGCUCGGGAACUGGGGAGAAGCCCAUGUGACCUUCCAUGACCCGUCUUCCCCCAAACCCUGCUCUUUGCUGGGCACUGGGCUCCUGGCAACUGUGUGCCACUGGGCACGGAUUGGCUGUACUGGCAGUGCCUUGUGUCUGUGCCCCCAUCAGCAACAUGCUCCCCCAGAGAUAGGCCUGAUUGUACUGACAGCGCCUCCUGUGCAUUCAUCUUUAUAUACACACUCCUAUACCAUUUAUAUACACGGAUUAUCAUGGCCCAUGGGCUCAGUUGAUGAUUAGGGGCUGAUCGGCCCGGGAUUUCUCUGUCUCCGGACUCUUUCGAACCUUUUGUCGCUCGGGCAUUUACAAGAGAUCUCGAUGGUGAUCACAUCCAGCUCUGAAGAGGUUCCCCCUCAGAGAAUGCUCUCAGCACUACACACCGAGUGGAUCAAUAAGGAUCCUGUUUGUUACCUGCCCCCUGCUCACUGCAACAAGAAGCCCUCCAGAAGUGGCAGCAGUACAGGAUGCAAGUCGUCGUCCUCAUCCUCCUCCUCUUUCUGUCUGGCGGCCCCUUUUGCCUUUGUCCCCACUGAGGCAAACAUGUCGAGCCAGCACAGCCACGCUCCUUUUUCCAGCCUUCAGUCAAUGGCUGAUCAUCAGCAGGUCCUGCCUGACAUGACCAUAUUACAGAGGCGGAUUCCAUUAACCUUCAGAGAUUCAGCAGCUGCACCGCUAAGGAAGCUUUCAGUGGAUUUAAUAAAGACUUACAAGCACAUAAAUGAGGUGUAUUAUGCUAAAAAGAAGCGACGAGCACAGCAGGUGCCUCCUGAAGACUCCAGCACGAAGAAGGAGAGAAAAGUGUUUAAUGAUGGCUUUGAUGAUGACAACUAUGACUAUAUUGUAAAGAAUGGCGAAAAGUGGAUGGACCGGUAUGAAAUAGAUUCCCUCAUUGGAAAAGGAUCCUUUGGACAAGUGGUAAAGGCGUAUGAUCAUCACGAUCAAGAAUGGGUAGCUAUCAAAAUUAUCAAAAAUAAAAAAGCCUUUCUGAACCAGGCUCAGAUCGAGUUGAGACUUCUUGAGCUAAUGAACAAACAUGACACAGAAAUGAAGUAUUACAUAGUGCACUUAAAACGGCACUUCAUGUUCCGAAACCAUCUUUGUCUGGUGUUUGAGCUACUGUCAUACAACUUAUAUGAUCUUCUAAGAAACACAAACUUCCGCGGCGUUUCCCUGAACCUCACCCGCAAGUUUGCGCAGCAGCUUUGUACUGCUUUGCUUUUCUUGGCAACUCCUGAACUUAGUAUAAUCCAUUGUGACCUGAAACCUGAAAAUAUCCUUCUGUGUAACCCUAAGCGCAGUGCCAUCAAGAUUGUGGACUUUGGCAGCUCUUGUCAGCUUGGGCAAAGGAUCUACCAAUAUAUUCAGAGUCGGUUUUAUCGUUCACCUGAGGUUUUGCUGGGGAUGCCGUAUGACCUCGCAAUAGAUAUGUGGUCUUUAGGCUGUAUUUUGGUGGAAAUGCAUACAGGAGAGCCUCUAUUCAGUGGCUCCAAUGAGGUGGAUCAGAUGAACAAGAUUGUGGAGGUUUUGGGCACUCCCCCUAACCACAUGUUGGAUCAAGCUCCAAAAGCAAGGAAAUAUUUUGACAAGCUUCCUGAAGGAACGUGGACUGUUAAGAAAAAUAAAGAUCUCAAAAAGGACUACAAGGUGCCAGGAACGCGAAGACUUCAUGAAGUUUUGGGUGUGGAAACAGGAGGUCCUGGUGGUCGCAGAGCAGGAGAGCAGGGACACUCUCCUUCAGACUAUCUAAAAUUCAAAGACUUAAUUUUAAGGAUGCUGGAUUAUGACCCCAAGACUAGAAUCACCCCUUUCUAUGCCCUCCAGCACAACUUCUUCAAGAAAACAACUGAUGAAGGGACAAAUACAAGUAAUAGUAAUUCUACAAGCCCUGCAAUGGACCAUAGUCACUCAACAAGUACCACCAGUUCGGUGUCUAGCUCAGGAGGAUCUAGUGGCUCUUCGAAUGAUAACCGUAAUUACCGGUACAGCAACAGAUACUAUAACAGCGCUGUUGCACACACAGAUUAUGAGAUGCAGAGUCCACAGGCUCAUUCACAGCAGCAGAUAAGACUGUGGGCUGGCGGAGAUGUCCCAAUCACAAACAGCGAUUCCUACCCUCAGAUCUUACCUCACAAACCAACUCCCAGUCAGCCGCAGCAUUUUCAUGGAAACGAACCGCAUCACCCUCACCCGCUGUAUCAUCAUGUAAACAGGCCGCACUAUCACCGGCAGCUCAUCACCUCCUCCUCUCCGCAAAUCCCAGAGUCUAUGGAGCUCGGCUUGGGACACAGACACCCCCAGUCUUCCUCCUCAUUGCACCCACAUCACCCUAGCUUAGACUGCACUCCUUUUGGCUCCUCAAACUUACACUUAGGCGUAUCCGCUUUCCGGACUAGAACAGUCAGCGGACAUACGGAUUCGGGCGUGCCUCUGAAUUACCCCUACUCUAGCAACACAUCCAGCAUGGUUGGACCCCCUCACAUCCGAAACAGGACGGAAACGGAAGAGAGUGCGAUGUUAGGCGUUUGUGUUCCUCAGAGUACAGCAGCGAGUUCUUGAUGAUUCUUUAAUGUACAAAUAAAGCCAUACCAAUAAUAGAAAUACUGAAUUCGAAAAGGAGGGCUGACAGGCUUUUGAAGGGUUGGGGUUGUGGAAAAGGGUGAGCUGGCUUUUAUCACAACCAUCAAAAAAAAAUGUCAAGGUUUAGCUGUUAAUGUGAAUUGUUUAUUUAUUAAAAAAAAAAAAUCACUACGAGAGGAGUGUGAAGUGUGUGUUGACCAUGCGAAGCAGUUUUAACAGACUUCAACUGGACUGCUCUUUUUCUUUUUUCUUUUACCUUUAAAUUUUUUUUUUUAAUUGCUUUUGACACACUGGUAGAAGUUAACCUGUGCAAAGACUUCAAGACAUUUCCAAUGCUUCCAUUUCUAUCAUAAUCUCCUCUUCAAAAGAAGCAGGAGAAACCCAGACUUACUUUGCACGUCAGUGAACUCGUUUACAGGCCAAAACAUCACUCUGCAAAACACUGUCCGUGCCAGUUGCCCCUCCGCUGCCAUUUUGCCAUUCAUAUAGAAUUCCUGUGUUGUCCCCCCAAUCUAUACCAACCUUGCUAGGGUGCAGAUACUGCACGUCACUGGAAUAACCUUGGCUGCUAACUCCACUCUCUCAACUGGAAUUGCUGCUAAAACUCUUUUUAACAGUUUUUUGCUUUAUAAAAAAAAAAAAAAAAACCUCAACGGUUCCCAUGUCUUUUAUUUAUGACUUCAUACCCGGUUGGUUUUAGCUGUUUCAGGAAAGAUUUUUUUUUUAGGAGCCAUUCAUUAUUUUACAGAUUAAUGCUGCAGAAGUUCAGUGUUCCCCCUCCCCGUAUGUCUCUUAAAGGGAUACUGUCAUGGUAAAAAAUGUUUUUUUUUUCUUUCUUCAAAACACAUUAGUUAAUAGUGCUGUGCAACAUACAAUAGUUCAAAAGACUGCAACUUCCGUAUCGUGGUUCUCUAUCUAGAAACCUUGCUGCUUGAAUUGGUUCCAGUAUUCCAUAUAGCAUAAAAUAAUCAGAUGGCACACACUUCAGCAAUUGUGCUAAAACUUUGGUGAUUUAUGGACAUCUCAAUGUCCAUGUGCCAUCUGAUUAUUUUAUGUUAUACAGUUAAUAGUGCUGCUCCAGCAGAAUUCUGCACUGAAAUCCAUUUCUCAAAAGAGCAAACAGAUUUUUUUAUAUUUAAUUUUGAAAUUUGACAUGGAGUAGG